CGGCGAGCCCCGCGCCGCCUCGGAGCGGACGGAGGAGUCCGCGCUGGGAGCUUGGUGGCGACGUGACCGGGACCUAGGGACCUGCUGUGGGGCCGCCAACGCGGGGCCCGCGCCCUCGGCCUGAGGUCCUGACUGAAGGAAUUGAAUAUGAAAGAUUCCUAGAAAUUGCUGUUGUUGAUCAUCUGCUGACAAGCAACUAAAUUACUGAUAAUCUUUUCAAAGACUGAACCAGAAAGCAUUCCCAGGACUCGAGUGCAAUAGUUAACUAUGGGAGCAACUGAUAAAAACUGAAGUGAAGUAGGACUAAUUUUCAUAAUUCUGUCCCCAGAAUAGUUUGAUGGAAAACUGAUUAUAUGACUGCUUGACCUGAAGAAUUGUAAGGGAAACCGUUUUUCAAGGAGAAAUGAAGAAGAAAACUGUAUAUACCCUAAAUGUGGGAGAUCAGGAGUGUGAAGAUAUGGAAGGUGAAGAAAACAAAGAGAAUACUGCCUCUACUGGUCUGUGGUACAGUGAAGCUGACAGGUGUCCAAUAUGUCUUAAUUGCCUAUUAGAGAAGGAAGUUGGUUUUCCCGAAAGCUGUAAUCACGUCUUCUGCAUGACCUGUAUUCUUAAAUGGGCAGAGAUACUGGCUUCAUGUCCUAUUGACCGAAAACCUUUUCAGGCAGUGUUUAAAUUGAAUGCAGUGGAAGGUUAUGUUAAGGUUCAAGUAAAAAGACAGUUGAGAGAAACAAAAGACAAGAAAAAUGAAAGCCCUUUUAAGAAACGGCUCUCCUGUCAUGAAAAUUCUAAAAGCUGUAUGAGAAAAAAAUUCUUAAGAGAAGAUCUAUUAAGUACAAAACUUUAUGACUUGAAGAUGAUGCAUAGAAACUAUAAAUACAGUGAAAUGGGAGGAGAGAAAAAUGCAAUAAUAAAGAUAAAUAAGGCUCGAAGGUCGAAUCAAUGUACAAGUCAGCACUUCACAGACUUUUUCUCUGAUGUGUUCUCUUCUGGUAGUCACACUGCAGGGCCAUUUACCUGCAGAGCUCACUGUACAGAAUUUUUAGAAGUCCAUGAAAUCAGUGCAUUGAUUAGGCAGAAGAGACAGGAACUGGAAUUGUCGUGGUUUCCUGAUACUUUACCUGGAAUUGGAAGAAUUGAUUUUAUACCCUGGAACAUUGAAUCCGAAGUCCCUCCUUUCAUCUCUUCUGUGUUGCCAAGAACUGUUUUUUCAACAAGUACCAUAUCUUUACAAAAUUUUGGUACUUGUUGGAAGGGAUGUGCACUAGCGCACCCGCAGGAAGGGGAAGAGAAGCAGCAAACGUCAGGGGCGUCACAGAGCAGAGGGUCCAGACGGAAACCGGCAGCAGCCCCAGCGAGGAGGUCCACGCGCAGCACAAGAGCUGAGGCGGGCAGACGGCCUCCGGGGUCCCCAGCGGCAGGCGCUUCUGGGUGCGGUGCCCCGGAUCCCACUCCUCCGGGGAGCGUUCCCUCCGCAGCUGAGCCGGAGAGGCGAGCAAGACAGGCUCCCAAACGGAAGUCUGUGAGAAGAGGAAGAAAACCGCCUCCGCUGAAAAAGAAACUUCAGAGCUCUGUGCCUCCCCCUGAAAGACCGUCUUCCAGCGAUUCAGCAGGCGAAGAAAAGGCAGAAUCUGACACCUCGCCGGUAUUAGAUGUGGACAGCUGUCACACUUCUGUGCAGACAGACGGAGAGAGCGAGUCCGCUCAUGGCUUGAGGAUUUGCAGUGAGCAUGUGGAAGACGUUGGGGGACACGCCGAGGACCACGACACCGAGCGGAGAAUGGGCUCGCCAUCUUCUGAGCCCUGUACCCAGGAUCCUGUUCUGUUGGGUGUAGAGGAGGAGGACACGGAGAAAGCUGAGAAUACAGGUAUAGGGGCCAGUAUUCUGUGUUCAGAAAGUAAGAUUUCUGGAAGUAUUUCUGAAAAAGGAAAUCAUCCAUUGGAAAAUCAGAUCCAAACAUCUGGACCUUCAGAAUCAGAUACAUGCACAGAUCAUCCUCCACAUGAUUUUCUUCCAUGUUCAGGGCCUGAAAUUGAAGUAGACCAGCUGGUGCCGGGCCCCGGCGCGUCAGCUGAGAGCACAGAGUCAGCAGUUAACGGAAGGAAAGUUACAGAGAGUUCUAACGUAGAGAAUCCUGCCCAUGAGGGUUCUGCAGUGAAAACGGAAGAGCAUGUAGACAGCCCCGAGUCGGAACCUCCUGAGGGUGCAGCCACACGGACAGCGGACAGAGACCCUGUUGCAGACUUAGAGGCUCAGCUGCUUGUGCAGGUAGGAACUGAAGAUGCAGAAAUAAGUUCAGCGUGUGGUGCUUCAGGGCACAGAAACUUCAACAGUGUUCAAGACUCUGAAAAUAAUGUAUUUGAAAAUAUUCUUGCCACCAAAUUAGACAAAUCUUUAGAAGAAAAGACUGAAUCUCUGGUUGAACACCCCAGACCUACAGAAUUGCCUAACACACACAUUGAACAGAUUCAGAAGCAUUUUAGUGAGGACAAUAAUGAAAUGAUAUCUAUGGAAUGCGAUUCAUUUUGUAGUGACCAGAAUGAAUCUGAAAUCGGGCCGUCUGUAAAUGCUGAUGCUAAACAAUUGAAUGAAAAUUCUGUGGAGCACAGUUCCCAAAAUAACAUGCUGCCUUCUGAUUCUGCAAAUGAAAAAGUUGAAAGUGUGUCUCAGCCAUCCGAAAGCCCAGUAGAGACGGCAGGGGAAGCCAAGAAGCCUCGUACUCGAAGGUCUAGAUUUCACUCCCCGUCUACAACUUGGUCUCCCAGCAGCAGUGCUGCGCGAGAAAAGAGGGCACAGUCUCCGUCCCCCAAGAGGGAGCCAGGAACAGAGACCAGGGGGUCCCGGUCACCCUCCCCCAAGAAAGGAGCCGCAAGAGGACGGAGAAGGCCUCACUCUCAGUCCCCCAGAAGAGACGGUGCGCGGGAGAGGCGGCGGUCUCAGUCUCGGUCUCCAAAGAGGGAUGGCACGCGGGAAGGCAAAAGAUCUGCAUCUCUGUCCCCAAAAAGAGACGCUUCCAGAGAGAGCAGAGGCCCUCAGUCACGAGUGAGAGGUGCCUCCCCGCAAGACAGACCCAGGUCCCGGAGCAGAGAACGAGAAGGCGACAGAGCCGGGCCCAGGAGGGAGCGAGGCAGGGAGAGGAGGCCCAGGCGGUGGUCCAGGUCCAGGUCCCGUUCUCGGUCACCGUCAAGAUCGAGAGCGAAAAGCAAGAACUCCUCAUUUGGCAGAAGCGACAGAGACAGUUACUCUCCUCGGUGGCAGGAGAGGCGGGCAGGUGACGGCUGGAGGUGCCCGCGAGGAGGCGAGCGGUCCAGAAAGAGCGACCUGGAGAGGCAGAAUGAGAACACGAGGAAAGAAAGAAAUGACGACAGCACAGACGCCGAAGACCCGAAUUCUGCUGACAAACACAGAAAUGACUGUCCCAGCUGGGUGAUAGAGAAGAUAAAUUCUGGGCCUGACCCGAGGACCAGACAUCCCGAAAAGUUAAGAGACUCCCACUGGGAAGAAAGUAGGAGUGAAAAUUCAGGGAAUUGCUGGAAUCAAAGCUGCGGCCCUGGCUGGGCGUCUGCCCGUGGAGGAGGCGCUCACAGGGGCGGUUCUGCCCACGCGGAUCCCAGCGAGAACCGGUGGCACAACCGGAGACCCCUCUCAGGGAAUUCGAACAGUUCGGGGAGUGAGCCUUUCAAGUCUGCGGAGCAGCAGCCCUGUAAGCGGAGGGGUGAGCAGGAGUUCGCCUUCGCGACGCCGGCGGACCGGUCGGGGUGGACCUCCGCCUCCGGCUGGGCCGUGAGGAGAACGCUGCCGGCGGACGUGCAGAGCUACUACUCUCGGCGGGCGAGGGGCGCCUCCGGGCCCCUGUCCGCGUGGCUGCGGCACGAGGAGGGAGCUGCCGAGCCGGAUUCUAACCUAAAAGACCAAGCAAACCAGCAGGGCGACGUUUCUCAGCUGGCAGUAAAUGUGAUGCAGCCGCAGAUGAACGUCAUGCAGCCGCAGAUGAGCGCGCACCACCAGACCCUGGGCAUCUUCCCGUACCCAGCGGCUGUCCACUCCCCCUUGGUGAACGCCCACCGUGGCCCCUUCGCCGCUCCUGCCCAGCUGCCCCUGCACCUGCCCACGGGGGCACCUCUCGGGCAGGUCGCCACUCAGGGGCCACCCCCACCCCCGCCGCCGCCCCCGCCCCCGCCGUCCCAGCAGGUCGGUGGCGUUGCCUCUCAGCCCGAUGCCAAGCGAGCACAGGGCCCCGCUCCCGCCGCGCACGUCGGCGCCGACACGAGCUCGCCGGCCGCUUCUGCUUCCGCGGCGACCACAAGCGGCGUGGGAGCCGUCCCGGGACCCAGCUCCGGCAGCACGGCGGCGUCGGGUCACGGCAGGCCCAGUGAGGCCGUGAGGCCGGCGGAGGGCAGAGGAGGCGCCGCGGUGGAGGCCGGUGCGGACAGCUCGAGGGCCGACAAGAAACUGCAAAUUCAAGAAAAAGCAGCACAGGAGGUGAAAUUGGCCAUUAAGCCGUUUUACCAAAAUAAGGACAUCACCAAGGACGAGUACAAGGAGAUCGUGCGCAAAGCGGUGGGCAAGGUCUGUCACAGCAAGAGUGGCGAAGUAGAUUCCACUAAAGUGGCGAAUCUGGUCAAAGCCUAUGUAGAUAAAUACAAAUACUCACGGAAAGGGGGCCAGAAGAAAACUCCGGAGGAGCCCGUGCCCGCUGACAAGAGCGCAGGCUGAGCGGGGCCCCGGGGCUGCCGCGGGGUCUGCAGGGCGGGCCGGCCGGGAAUCGUGUGCGGCGGCUGGGAUGGGAGUCUCGUCCGCAUACAAUCAUGUUUUUUAAUGUAGGAUAUAAUGUGUUGUCUAAAUAAAUUAGUUCUGCACUGCAACUUCUAUGCCCUUUCCUCCCCACGAAAAUAAAAAUGAAUUCAAGGGACUGUGAA